GGCGUAUCUCGUCGGCUCUCCGUUUUGUCAAGGUGAGGUCAUGUAAAUGACCACAUUAGGAUCUUGUAUAUAUAUUUCGGAUACACAGCAUACGUCAAUAGUACGAGAUUCUAGGUUUCUAGCCUAGGAGGCCUGCUGGCCGAUUCGACAUAGGAUGCGUACGUUGGAGGCUCCAAUAUGUAGUUUGGAGCGAGGUUUCAGUAGACCUGGGACAGUGUUUUGCGCACUAGAAUCGUUGGUCAUGGUGACACUUGAGGAAGAAUUUUAGAUUUGAAACUCGAGAUAGGAGGAAUGAUAGGACUUGAAGAAGGCAACUGAUUAUGAAUACAGUUGUCUUGAGUGUUGCUAGAGAUAUGAGGGCGGUUUUCACUUCCCGGUUGCUCACACCGUAGGAGGGCCUCAAAUGCCCUGGUACGGUCGAGAGUGGGGAGAAUCAACUUACCCCUUCGAAAUGCUCUCACAUGGCCACGUGCAUACAACCAUUGUAAGGGAAGCCCUACUCACUGGCUUCUCGUGGCGGGGUGUUUAAGAAAUUGAGAGGACGAAGAGAGAAUGUCUGGCUCUUUAACCGGGUUGGUGGAUGCUGAGAGUUCAUCUAAGGUGGUUGGAAAAAUCUGAUUCCAAAUCGAUGAUGAACAUGGGCUUUAGUGUCCUAAGGGAACAGAUGACGUAUGAACCAAUCGUUGGUCACCGACUACCAUGGGACUGCAUCUCGUGACGUUGCUCCCCUGCCUUGUGAAUUAGAUCUUUAGGUCGAAGGCUCCGAGUGUGGCCCCCUAAGAUAACCACCUACUUCGGUUUUGGGAUCCGGGCAUUAUCCUAGCCCCCACAAAAACUGAAUGAUUUGUAUGGCGCAUAUCUAUUUUGUGCGUUCUUGUACCUAUGUCUGUGUUUAAAUGAACAUAAUAAGAUAAACCUGAUAAGGAGAUUGGGUUAGAGUUGAUCCUAGUGACCUGAGAGCGGUGACCACAGUGCCCAUUAGACACCUACUUAAGGCUGGUCACACACGACCUCAUAUGUGGAUAAUUUUUGUGUUACCUCUGUACUUGUUAAGAUACCAACGAAGAUGAAUAUCCGUGGGAUAAGACGAGGUGUGAAAUUUUAAGGCUGGUCUUCUCCACACCCUCCCCUUUGUGGGAAGGUAGCAUCGCUGUUAUUAUGGUUGUCUGGCAGAAACAUAUUACUGCCAUCGCCCUUGAACCUCGGGUGUGCUGCUUUAAGUUUUACCGAUCUACUAGGCAUGGUAGGACCUUGAGGAACAAUUGUUCUAGCCAGUGUAUUUUCAGACUGUCUCAUGACGACAGGCAAACCCAACCACCACAUCAAGAUAGCAGCAACGGUUGGAAGGGAUCCUAAUAUUACAUUUUUAUUUUCUGUAAUUAUUUAGAUCUAUUUUCCAAUCACGAUUGAUUCAUAUUAAUGCACAUUAAGUCAGUAGAUAAAGUAACAGUUAGUCUAAAGUCCUUUUAUUCGUGUAUUAAAAUAGUUUUAAGUUGUGUGAUUGGUUGACUGGGGAAAACAGUAAACCUAAUCGGCAAAUCUAUUUACUUUGAGGGAUAACACUUGAAUUUAGUUAUUAUUAGGAGUUGAAUUUAAAUUCUGACCAAUGGGCCUAAUUUUCACUCGUAGUCAGAUAGUGUGCUCGGACUAUGGUUAUCUUUCAAAAUAGACAAAUAAUUAACUGAACUUCCUGUCUAAAGGUAGCUUAUUUUAACGUUGGUUUAUGAAAAUUGUUACAAACCAUAUACGUUGUUUUCUUUUUUAGUGUGAACUUCGGCUUCCGUGUUGCUUGGUAACUGCUUAUCAUAUAGCAGAUACUUUUGGGGGUAGUCAAACCCUAUUUUAGAGUGUAAACUAUCUAGUUAACCAUGUUCUUCGACACUAUGUGACGAAAUUAGAAUUCGGUGUGACUCGUAACACAAACACAUCUCCAAGGUGAAGGAUACAGUAUUCUCAAGUAAUACGCAACCUGCAAAUAAGUAAACAAUAGAUUUUCGAGAGGUUUGGCGAGGUAUUUACGCUAGUUGAGAUUGUCGACGAGUAAUAUGAGAGGAUCCUCAGUAGCUAGAUGAGUUCAUUUAUUUUGAUCUUAGACAAUAGCGGGUUACAGGUUUAUUAACGUUCAGUUUGUUUCCUGUUGAAUCGCAGUUACAUGUCCUUUUCAUAACAGCCCUCAGAAUGACAGAGAAACGGAUUUUUACGGGCAUUUUCUAUCCAUUAUAGGGUCUAAGCUUCUUAGUAUGCUAUGAUUUUAGAUACUAAGUAGUUUAUAAUAGAAGUUGAAAUAACAAACGACUCUACGAUUCAAAUUCCCUGUUGUUUGUGAUAGUGCAGUCCUAGUCAUCGUGCAACUCAAAGGUUCCAGGAGUUAUCAGACAUAACUCAGGAUAUGAGCAAGUAGAGAAAAAUGAGGGACGUCAUAUGCCGAAAAGAGUCUUUCCUGUUUGUAGUUCAAACUAAACUGUAUUUCUUACCAUGUUAUUUUUUCUCAAUUAUUCGCUCAGAAAAUGUAUUAAAACAGAAAGGAAAGAACUUCUAACAACAAACAUACGUUCCUCCCACCUAUUGUCGUGCUCUACGCUACCUCCAUCGAUGUCGAUCUGACGAACGAAAAGACAAGAGCAAAGUUUUCAAUCUGUUCAAGGUCCCAUAAGUGAAAAAGUGUAAUGAAGUUUUGACUUGUCGGAAACAAUAACGUUGAAUAUGAGGUCGUGGGAAACGAUUUGCCUACUUUUAAUCCCAUAUAGUUUCAUAACGAAUGUACUGAUCAUCGAAUUUCAGAUUAUCCCAUGAAUUGUGAACAAUUCCUAAUAAUUUUCAAUAUCUUCCGAUAGCCUGAGCAUUUAUAAUACUGAUACAACAACUUGUAACUCUAAUAUAUAAUUAGGGAGCACAAAUAAAUUAUCAUCUACUGGUACUUCGUAUUAGAUCUCUAUCUCAAACUUGGUCAGUAAUUAGGAAUGUCAUUUGUUCUCUAAUAGAAAGUUCGUACGUGUUGACCUACUGGACAGCUUUGUUUCUAUGUUAUGAACAGAAAUGCGUCAUCAAUAUCAGUUUUGCGAACUCACAAGGCUAGUAAUGGUGGCUAGCUUAAAGUUUUUGCAAGAAUAGUGUUUAAUAUGUAACUAUAAUUUAUCACAACACUGAAUCAGGUUAUAUUUAAUAAACACAUGGCAGAUAUCUACACCCUUUCUGAUAAAUCUUAGGCAAAUAUUGGUUAGUGACGAAGUGUAGUACUUCAAUAGAAACUCAAAAUAUAUAAUGAAGUAAAUAUUGGUGGGCAAUGUACUUUUGUUUUCCUGUUUGACUUGACGACGAAACUCAAGUUAGUUUGACAUUCUAAUAAGUGACGCCGAACUACUAAGAAAGAGUCUUUUUGAUCAUGAUUAAGGGUGAGUGACAAGGUACACGUCAUAAAGGUUGACAUUCAAAAGCCGAAAUCCAAUUCACAUCUGAUAAAUGACAUGAAAUAACGUGCGCGAAGACCUCUGAUUCGGCUCUUCACCUUAACACAUGUAUCGUUUAGCUAUUGAUGUUUUUUGGUCUAGUGUAAACGUGCAUUGUGCUUUAUGAGUGUGAGAAGCAGCGUACAUGAGGAUCUGAAAGAGUACAAGAAAAACGUGAGUCGAACACUCAGUAAGUACAGAUAAUACAGUAAGAUGUAAUAAGGAAAAUAAUCUAUAACAAUUAUCGACAACGUAACAUUAAGUUAAUCUCAUUGCAGUGAUGAUAAGAACUGGAAGUACACUGUGUGGUAUAAAUGGGUACCUUAAGAACUUCAAAUAAUAUUGAGUGGUAUUUCAGUCUUCUACAUACAGAAUUGAACAAACCCUCUAUCAAUGAUUGUAAACGUGUCUUGGCAACAGCGAUCACAGUCGAUUCAGGUUUCUUUUAGAAACGUCGACGAUUCUGUCGAUCGACAGAUGAGGCUGUGAUCACAAGUUGAGGUAACGAGUUCUAGUCUUUGACGACUCGGUGUUCAACUGACGAUUAAUUUGUCUUGUGCUUGCAAACCUAGUUUGUGUCAUCGUAAAUUAUAUGCUUCGGGGGACAAUAAAUGGGGCCGUAUCAUAUGUAAAUUUAUGAUUAAGUGAUGAAGUCACUGUAUAACAAGGAAAAUAUAUUAAGUUUAGUCAGUCUGUGGAGAUAGGCCUGACAAGCUUAUUUUGUAAAUAGUUUUCAAUGUUAUUUGUAUUUAUUUUGUCAAGCUUCCACUGUGUGUAUAUUUAACAUUAAAUGACUGUAACUGUUGUUUUAGUAAAUGAUCUUGAACACACUUUCCGUUAUGAUACUGACAUAGCGUGACAUACUCUUGCUGGCUAACAAAUACACUACUACUCACACAUUCCUCGUUCUAUCUUCGUUUGUGAUUGAGCUAGCUGAAGUCUAAAUCAAAUACUAUCAUUUUUUAUAAUGUAAUUGGAAUAUAUCCCAUUCUACGUUGAAUUAUAUCACUGGAGAGUUCGUCAACCCUCUCAGAAUCACCAAGUAUUUAUAAUUGUGGAUUUACAAUACCGGACCCAAUCAGAACACGCAACAUUUGGUCAAUUUAAGUAGCGUCCCAAAUUUUUAUUGUAUUUGUAACAGGUUUACUAGAUGGGCCAUAGCCUGCCCCAUAAAAGACACUUCGGCAGAGACAGUGGCUUCAGUUUUCCUCGACGGCUGGAUAUCCAACUAUGGCGUAUCAUAAACAAUCACAACAGAUCGCGGUCCCCAAUUCCAGUCCGUCCUAUUUCAUGAGUUCACUGAGCUUCUUGGAGUAAAUCAUGUCAAAACGACAGCUUAUCAUCCGGCAGCUAAUGGCAUGGUCGAAAGAUUCCAUCGCCAACUAAAAAGCUCUCUGAUGGCACAACCGGACUCUUCAAAAUGGAGCGAUGCUUUACCGCUCGUUCUCCUUGGGAUUCGCUCGUCAGUAAAGGAAGACAUUGGAUGCACGGCCGCUGAACUAGUCUAUGGCACGACAUUAACGUUACCAGGACUAGUCAAGAAUGAACCCACAACGCCAGGAGACCCUUCUCGUUUUGUAAGCAGAUUACUACAAAUGAUGCAAAACAUCAGAGCAAUACCACCUAGAGAACACAACAACCGAGUCCAACCUGAUAAAAACCUUGAAACGUGCAAAUUUGUCUUCGUCCGAGUAGAUGCGGUUAAAAAACCAUUGAAACAACCAUACGAAGGCCCAUAUAAAGUAAUAAAACACACACAAAAAUACUUCCUCAUCAACAGAGAUGGCAACAAGCAGACUAUUUCUAUAGACAGAAUAAAACCUGCUUUCUAUGAAGCUACUCAAGUCAAAGAAGACAACGCUGUUGACAAGCAACCUCUCCCACCAGUGACUGAAAAACCAGUGGAGGACAAAAAACUUAAUUCUAAGCCUUCUUGUUUAACACGCUCCGGUAGACUUAUAAACAAACCCAAAAAAACAAAUAAAUGAAAAACCAAAGCAAACACCUACCGAUAUCCCACACUACUAAUUUCACCGAAAAAAAAAUUUUUCUUUUCACAGUGUACAUAAUCACAUUUUUCCACAAUUAUUCGUUUUGUCACAUUUUUUAUUGUAUUUGUAACAAUUAACUGGUAUGUAUUAAUAUUACUAUUGAUCUUUAGUAACUUUGUUGAUACUUUUCGCGUUCAUAUCUGUCUGGUCCACCACCUUCUGAUCACGUCGGGCUCACCAUUUUUGUGGAGGCCCGUAGUUUGAUUUUGUCCUCAUUUAGAUCAACGAUAUUCGUUGAAGGGCUCACCAUUUUAGUGGCCCAUAAAUAAUUGUGGUGGACCAGAUAGAUAUGAACGCGAAAAGUAUCAACAAAGUUACUGAAGAUCAAUAGUAAUAUUAGUAUAUACCAGUUAAUUGUUACAAAUACAAUAAAAAUUUGGGACGCUACUUAAAUUGACCAAAUGUUGCGUGUUCUGAUUGGGUCCGGUAUUGUAAAUCCACAAUUAUAAAUACUUGGUGAUUCUGAGCGGGUUGACGAACUCUCCAGUGAUAUAAUUCAACGUAGAAUGGGAUAUAUUCCAAUUACAUUAUAAAAAAUGAUAGUAUUUGAUUUAGACUUCAGCUAGCUCAAUCACAAACGAAGAUAGAACGAGGAAUGUGUGAGUAGUAGUGUAUUUGUUAGCCAGCAAGAGUAUGUCACGCUAUGUCAGUAUCAUAACGGAAAGUGUGUUCAAGAUCAUUUACUAAAACAACAGUUACAGUCAUUUAAUGUUAAAUAUACACACAGUGGAAGCUUGACAAAAUAAAUACAAAUAACAUUGAAAACUAUUUACAAAAUAAGCUUGUCAGGCCUAUCUCCACAGACUGACUAAACUUAAUAUAUUUUCCUUGUUAUACAGUGACUUCAUCACUUAAUCAUAAAUUUACAUAUGAUACGGCCCCAUUUAUUGUCCCCGAAGCAUAUAAUUUACGAUGACACAAACUAGGUUUGCAAGCACAAGACAAAUUAAUCGUCAGUUGAACACCGAAUCGUCAAAGACUAGAACUCGUUACCUCAACUUGUGAUCACAG